ACCCCCAGCCCAGCGCUUAGUGGGCGCUCACUCAGUAUACUGCCUAUUUGUAUAAUAAAGAAAGGGAUGGAGAGGCUCGGUCUGGAGCCAAGGUGACCGAAACGUGUCGGGCGGCCCCUGGGGGGCGCCGUCGAGUCGCGCUGCGGGUCGCCCCUCACCCCUCCAAACGCCAAACCCUGGAAUCCACUGCGGGGCCUUGUGACCCCUCACCGGGAUUUCAGCCCCCUGACUUGCCUCCCUUGGCUCCAAGUCUUCCCGGGGCCACAAGACUAGGAAUAGCAUUAUUUCCCGGUGGGGGUUUGCUUGCUUACACUUUCAUGGCAAAUGUUGAUAUUUUAGAGCCACCUUAAAGAAAGUCUGGGAAACAGGAAAGCAUUGCCCUGAACCUCUCCGCCCCAACUCGCUGGAGUCGGUCUUGGUAGGGACGACUUUUCUAUCGGCAGAGUUGUUCAUUUUUCUCUAAACUUCAUCUUAGGCGCCUCUUUGCUGCCCCCACCCCAGUAGUGUGGUUCUGGGCAAGUCUGUCGCUUCGCCUGGGGAAGCUCAGUUUCCCCGCCUGUUAGUGAUGAGGAAAUGAGAGAACGGGGCACAAGAGUAUGCAAAAGCACAGGAAGCCCCUUUCGGUUCAGGUCGGCGGCCGAGGGGCACGGGGAAGGGGGACUCGAGGAGGGAGAGAGGGAGGAGCGGCGAGGCCAAGGCAGGUGGCACGUCGCCCGUUCUCCCGGCCGCUCGCAUCCCGGAGGUCAGCCUCAGCUGGCAGCGAGCCCUCCUCCUCCCCGCUGGGCCUGGAACGCGGCGCGGGCCCGGUCCCUGGGGACGCGCCAAGAGCAGGUCGGACAGCAGCGCGGGGGCCGGGCCGCGAGCCAGCGCGCGGCGAGCGGACCCAGCUCCGAGGCUGAUGACGUCUUCCCCUCUGGCUCGGCGGCGCCUGGCCUGGCAGGGCGGGUGACGUCACCGCCCCGUCACGUGAUCACCAUUCAAACAAACACCCCCCUCCCCCUGAGCGCGGGUCUGGCCCGCCCCGUCCCCGAAAGGCCGCAUAUAAACGCGCUCCCCGGGCCAGGCUCGUUGCGAAGGACAUUUGGGCUGUGUGUGGACGCGGGUCGGAGGGGCAGUCGGGGAAACCGCGAAGAAACCGAGGAGCCCGGAGCCCCGCGUGACGCUCCUCUCUCAGUCCAAAAGCGGCUUUUGGUUCGGCGCAGAGAGACCCGGGGGUCUAGCUUUUCCUCGAAAAGCGCCGCCCUGCCCUUGGCCCCGAGGACAGACAAAGAGCACCGCAGGGCCGAUCACGCUGGGGGCGCUGAGGCCGGCCAUGGUCAUGGAAGUGGGCACCCUGGACGCUGGAGGCCUGCGGGCGCUGCUGGGGGAGCGAGCGGCGCAAUGCCUGCUGCUGGACUGCCGCUCUUUCUUCGCUUUCAACGCCGGCCACAUCGCCGGCUCUGUCAACGUGCGCUUCAGCACCAUCGUGCGGCGCCGGGCCAAGGGCGCCAUGGGCCUGGAGCACAUCGUGCCCAACGCCGAGCUGCGCGGCCGCCUGCUGGCCGGCGCCUACCACGCCGUGGUGUUGCUGGACGAGCGCAGCGCCGCCCUGGACGGCGCCAAGCGCGACGGCACCCUGGCCCUGGCGGCCGGCGCGCUCUGCCGCGAGGCGCGCGCCGCGCAAGUCUUCUUCCUCAAAGGAGGAUACGAAGCGUUUUCGGCUUCCUGCCCGGAGCUGUGCAGCAAACAGUCGACCCCCAUGGGGCUCAGCCUUCCCCUGAGUACUAGCGUCCCUGACAGCGCGGAAUCUGGGUGCAGUUCCUGCAGUACCCCACUCUACGAUCAGGGUGGCCCGGUGGAAAUCCUGCCCUUUCUGUACCUGGGCAGUGCCUAUCACGCUUCCCGCAAGGACAUGCUGGAUGCCUUGGGCAUCACUGCCUUGAUCAACGUCUCAGCCAAUUGUCCCAACCAUUUUGAGGGUCACUACCAGUACAAGAGCAUCCCUGUGGAGGACAACCACAAGGCAGACAUCAGCUCCUGGUUCAACGAGGCCAUUGACUUCAUAGACUCCAUCAAGAAUGCUGGAGGAAGGGUGUUUGUCCACUGCCAGGCAGGCAUUUCCCGGUCAGCCACCAUCUGCCUUGCUUACCUCAUGAGGACUAACCGAGUCAAGCUGGACGAGGCCUUUGAGUUUGUGAAGCAGAGGCGAAGCAUCAUCUCUCCCAACUUCAGCUUCAUGGGCCAGCUGCUGCAGUUUGAGUCCCAGGUGCUGGCCCCGCACUGCUCGGCAGAGGCUGGGAGCCCUGCCAUGGCUGUGCUCGACCGAGGCACAUCCACCACCACCGUGUUCAACUUCCCCGUCUCCAUCCCUGUCCACUCCACGAACAGUGCGCUGAGCUACCUUCAGAGCCCCAUUACGACCUCUCCCAGCUGCUGAAAGGCCACGGGAGGUGAGGCUCUUCACAUCCCACUGGGACUUCAGGCUCCUUGAGAGGAGAAAUGCAAUAACUCUGGGAGGGGCUCAAGAGGGCUGGUCCUUAUUUAUUUAACUUCACCCGAGUUCCACUGGGUUCCUAAGCAGUCAUGGUGAUGACUUAGCGUCAAGACAUCUGCUGAACUCAGCACAUUCGGGACCAAUAUAUAGUGGGUACAUCAAGUCCAUCUGACAAAAUGGGGCAGAAGAGAAAGGACUCGGUGUGUGAGCUGGUUUCUUUUUGCUCACCCCUGUUUUUUGUAGAAUCUCUUCAUGCUUGACAUACCUACCAGUAUUAUCAUUCCCGACGACACAUAUACAUAUGAGAAUAUACCUUAUUUAUUUUUGUGUAGGUGUCUGCCUUCACAAAUGUCAUUGUCUACUCCUAGAAGAACCAAAUACCUCAAUUUUUGUUUUUGAGUACUGUACUAUCCUGUAAAUAUAUCGUAAGCAGGUUUGUUUUCAGCACUGAUGGAAAAUACCAGUGUUGGGUUUUUUUUUAGUUGCCAACAGUUGUAUGUUUGCUGAUUAUUUAUGACCUGAAAUAAUAUAUUUCUUCUUCUAAGAAGACAUUUUGUUACAUAAGGAUGACUUUUUUAUACAAUGGAAUAAAUUAUGGCAUUUCUAUUGAAA